AUGGUACCUGUCUUCCACCAUCACUGUUCUGUCAGAACGCUUGUCAUCAUCUUGAUUCGAGGUACUCGAUAUUCCGGAACGCCAGAGCUAUACGAAAACGCUUGUACUGUGGCGGAUUGCGAGAAUGAGGUCGUCACCAGAUGGGCGGAGUGUGGAUGGUGUUGGAAUGUGUUUUGUAAGAAGCACGACAAAGUCGGCUUUCACUUAUGUAGACAAUGGCGUUAUGGCCCUCACAAUCUAGAGGAGAAGGGAGAAAUUGAGCUCGGGCUCGUAAAGCAUAUUAUGGUGGUGUCUUGA